AAGUGUGUGACGCGAUCAAAACACUGCGUGGAAGCAGUGGGUGACAGCGAGCAGGCUACCCGUCUGUGGUAUGACUAAACUACAAUUGAAUGGUCAUCAAAUCUGAUUUUACAAGCGGUAGCCCAUGUUUGCAAGUGUUAGCUACACGUCGAGCGAAGCCUAGGGUGUUCCUAUCUUCGAGGAAAUCGUAGUCGACUACCAUGGUGGAGCAAUCCGACCGCGCUCCACUCUUGGACUGGGAGGAGGUUCCCCCGCCCGAACCGGUACCGACAGCUCCAUCUCCCCAGGAAGAAAACGAUUUGCCUUCUUGUCCGUCAAACAGCCGGCCUGUGGACAACACAACUCCGGGAGCUGGCUGGAAUACCAGCCCCGGUGCACCGACGGGUGUAGCAGCUGUUACGAGCAAGGACCUUAGCUCUCCAGUCAAGCAUGGUGGAGAAGGCGAUGCUGCAAGCCCCGGUGAGCGGGACACUGCGUUCCCUGGACUGUCUGUGAAAGAUCACGCAGUAACCGGAUGGGAAGAAAAGGAUCAAAUAGUUGCCGUGUUUGUUGUCACCUUUGACACAAGAUCAGGAAACAUGGUGGAGUGGUGCCUUCCUCAGGAUAUCAACUUAGAUGGCGUGGAGUUCAAAUCCAUGGCCAGUGGCUCUCACAGAAUCGCCAACGAUUUUAUAUACUUUCGGAAAGGCUCUUACUUUGGCCUAGCGUGCUUUGCCAACAUGCCAGUGGAGAGUGAGCUGGAGAGAGGGGCGAGGAUGAAGUCCGUGGGCAUUCUGUCCCCCUCAUAUACCCUCCUCUACCGCUACAUGCAUUUCCUGGAGAAUCAAGUUCGGCACCAGCUGAAGUGUCCAGGGCAGUAUUCGCCCCUGGAGGCGUUCUACGAGGACAAGAAGGCCAUUCUCCCCCCGGCAGGAAACGGCCUGGUCACUUCCUGUCCCACCAGUGCUCUGGCCACCGUGGUCAACCGCUGCAUGCACCCCGAGAUGAAGAUCACACACCCGGCAGGCUGCAUGUCUCAGUUCAUCCGCUUCUUUGGAGAGCAGAUCAUGGUCCUGUGGAAGUUUGCUCUGCUCAGGAAGCGCAUCCUCAUCUUCUCACCACCUCCAGUCGGCGUAGUCUGCUACCGAGUGUACUGCUGCUGUUGCCUUGCCAACGUCUCCAUCCCCGGGAUUGGUGUGUCUGUGCCAGAGCUCCGCCCCUUCUUCUACAUUAACGUGGCUGACAUAACUGCCCUGGAAACAGAGCUGUCCUACGUAGCUUGUACGACAGAGAAGAUCUUUGAGGAGAAGAAGGAUCUGUAUGAUGUCUAUAUCGACAACCAGAACGUGAGGACGCACAGAGAGAGCCUGCAGCCCCUGCUCCGACUCAACAGUGCCGACAAGGAGAAGUAUCGCAAACUCAGCGAACAGAGGCAACUACUCCUGUACUCUCAAGAAGUGGAUGAAAACUGCUCUACAAACGAGGAAGACCUCUUCAUCUUGUUUUUCAUGGAGCAGAACAACCGCAUCUUCCAGACGCUGUGUGAGGUGGCGGGGAGCUCGGACCCCACGCUGACGGCGGAGCACGUGAGGGCCAUGGGCCUGGACCCCCAGGGCGACCGCGGCUUCCUCGUGGACCUGCUGGAGGUCUACGGCAUCGAUGUCAUGCUGGUCAUAGACAACCCCUGCUGCCCCUGAAGGAGGGAUGGAGGGAUGGAGGGAGGG